AAAAAAAAAACCCUGCUCUCGACCCCUGCUGCGAGGAUUGGCUUUACUUUAUUUUAACACAGAGCGUUUAUAUCAGAUCGGGGAGGAGAAAAGCCACCGGCUUCCAAAACAGCAUCUCCCACCUCCACUUUGAGACAGGACCACAGCUUGGCAAGACCUGAAAGGCGUCAUGUGACUGUGCAUCUGCUCUCAGCUGUGGCAAGAUAACCACGCAACGAGGGAGAGAGAGAGAGAGAGAGCUGAGGAGGAGCCUGCUGCUAUAAGAUUGACUCCACGCACCAUCAGCACCAAAACUUGCAGUCUCUCCAUCCAUCCUCAUUUCUCUCCAGCGCACUUGCGUUUUGCAAACACGUAUCGCCGUUUUCAUUUCCCCCCUCGUUGGAAGGUGCACAGGUGCAUCCCACGGUUAAUGCUCGCUCUUUGCUGAGUUGAUUAUGGUCACAACCCCCGCGGUGCCAAGGUGGAGCCACCGCGCGUAUCUCGGAUCGGUGCGCUUCUCCAGGGGCUGGGAUGCGCACCGGGCACCUCUCGCUUCCUGCCUAGUUUCGGGUCUGAGCAGGAGUCAAGCUCUGCCUCAGGGCGCCGAGGCAGGAGGGCUCAGUCGACCCGGAGCAGGAUGCCGGUGAUGAGAGGGCUGCUGGCCCCACAAAACACCUUCUUAGACACCAUCGCCACCCGCUUCGAUGGCACCCACAGCAACUUUGUUCUGGGAAAUGCCCAGGUGCAGUCGCUCUACCCCAUCGUCUACUGCUCCGACGGUUUCUGCGAGCUCACCGGUUACGCUCGCGCCGAGCUCAUGCAGAAGAGCUGCGCAUGUCACUUCCUGUAUGGCCCAGAAACAAGCGACCGGUCGACGGCUCAGAUCCAAGGAGCCCUAGACGAGAGGAGGGAGUUCAAGACCGAGUUGGUCUUUUACAAGAAGGAAGGUACACAGUUCUGGUGUCUCUUGGACAUUGUACCCAUUAAGAAUGAAAAGGGUGAGGUGGUUCUGUUCCUCGUGUCCCAUAAAGACAUCACUGACAAGAAGAAGGACCAGGAUCCUGAGCAAGGACCUGACACAGAUGAGGAGACGGGUCUGGAGGUGCAUCAGGUAACUCGCCCUCCAGGCUUCAACGCCAACCGGCGCCGCAGCAGAGCUGUGCUCUAUCACCUGUCAGGACAUCUGCAGAAGCAAGACAAGAGCAAGCUCAAGAUCAACAAUAACAUGUUCGGGGAGAAGCCUCCAAUCCCGGAGUACAAAGUAGCAGCCAUUCAGAAAUCUCGCUUCAUCCUCCUCCACUAUGGGACCUUCAAGGCCGGCUGGGACUGGUUGAUUCUGCUGGCGACCUUCUACGUGGCCGUCACCGUGCCCUAUAAUGUGUGUUUCACAGUGGUGGGAGGGCGGGAUGAAGGCAGCAGCAGCGCCCCUCGCAGCCCGCCCAGUGUCAGCGACAUCCUUGUAGAGAUCCUGUUUAUUUUAGACAUUGUGCUGAACUUUCGAACUACUUUUGUGAGCACGUCGGGUCAGGUCGUGUACGAUGCCCGCUCCAUCUGCGUUCACUACGUCACCACCUGGCUCUUUGUUGAUCUCAUUGCCGCCCUGCCCUUUGACCUGCUGUAUGCUUUCAACGUCAGCGUGUACUUUGGAGUCCACCUGUUGAAGACGGUGCGGCUCCUUCGGUUACUGCGGCUGCUCCAAAAGCUGGAGCGCUACUCCCAGUACAGCGCUGUGGUCCUGACCCUGCUCAUGUCCAUGUUCGCCCUGCUGGCCCACUGGAUGGCCUGUGUCUGGUAUUUCAUAGGUCGAAGGGAGAUCGAAAGUCCCGGCUCCUGGGAUAUUGGUUGGCUCCAUGAGCUGGCUAAGCGUCUUAGUACCCCUUACUUCCUGUCCAAUCUGACAACGCUGGCCCCCUCCACAGUCAGCAGCCUCCCGGCCAACAGCAGCAGCAGCAGCCAGUGGAACGUGUCGGGGUCAGAGGUCGGGGGGCAGGGCUCCUGGAAUUCCAGCCAAUAUUACGGAAACGUGUCGGGGGGUGAGGCGGUGUCGGGGACGGGCAAUGAGGGCGGGGGUUUCGGGGUGCUGGGUGGUGGCCCGUCGAUGCGUAGCAGCUACGUGACGUCACUCUACUUUGCCCUGAGCAGUCUGACCAGCGUGGGGUUUGGAAAUGUGUCAGCAAACACGGACUCAGAGAAGAUCUUCUCCAUCUGCACCAUGCUCAUAGGAGCACUGAUGCAUGCAGUGGUGUUUGGUAACGUGACGGCCAUCAUCCAGAGGAUGUACUCUCGCCGCUCACUCUACCACACCCGCACCAAGGACCUGAAGGACUUCAUCAGGGUCCACCGACUGCCUAAGGCCUUGGAGCAGCGCAUGCUGGAGUGUUUCCAGACUACCUGGUCUGUCAACAACGGGAUAGAUGUCAGUGAGCUGCUGAAGGACUUCCCAGAUGAGUUACGGGCUGACAUCGCCAUGCACCUGAACAAGGAGCUGCUGCAGUUGCCCCUGUUUGAGUCGGCCAGCAGGGGCUGCCUGCGCUCCCUCUCCCUCAUCAUCAAGACCUCCUUCUGUGCUCCAGGCGAGUUUCUCAUCCGGCAGGGAGACGCACUGCAGGCCAUCUACUUCGUCUGCUCGGGGUCCAUGGAGGUCCUGAAAGACAACACAGUGCUGGCCAUACUGGGUAAAGGAGAUCUGAUUGGCUCAGACUCCCUAACGAAGGAGCAGGUGAUCAAGACCAACGCCAACGUCAAGGCCCUGACCUACUGUGACCUGCAGUAUAUCAGCCUAAAGGGUCUACGUGAGGUCCUCCGACUCUACCCCGAGUACGCCCAGAAGUUCAUCAGUGAGAUACAACAUGACCUCACGUACAACCUGCGAGAGGGCCAUGGGGCUGAUGUGGACUGGGAGAGUAAUGGCAGCUUGGUGAAGAAGCUGCCAUCAAUCCGUGAGGAUGAGGAGGGUGAUGAGGAGCAGAGCUCGGUGUCCCACGCCCCCCGCUCCCCGCUGCGUCUCAGCAGGGGGCUCAACUCCCCCCUGCGCUCUCCUCUCCUGCCGCCCAGGCCGUUCCGCGCUCCCUCUGAGCACUCGCGCCCCACCACCCUGCAGAUACCGGUGGUCAGCUUCAGCAGCGCACCACCUGAACUCAGCCCCAGAUUUGUGGAUGGCAUUGAGACAGAGACCAAUUCCACCUCAUCACAGAAGUUUGAGUUCAGUCCCAGCCUGUCACCUGCAGCACCACCCUCGCCAUACCCAGGGACCCAGGAGCACUCUGAGAUCAAGCAGAGUGUGUCUAAACUGACUGAGGAGAUGAACUGUCUCUCCAAACAAGUCUCCAAGCUCAGUCAGGAGCUGCAGGAAAUGACACGCCUGCUCAAGCCCCUUCUCCAAACAGCGCCGCAGCCAAUCCUGACGACCAUGAUGCCAAAUUUAACCCCACCUCCUAGCAGUGCCAGCCAGCUGUCAACAAGCACCUGUCUAAUGGUGCCACCCUCCGCCACACCUUGUUCCCUCCAGAGACCAAACACUCAUUCCCUGUUGGACAGUGGAGACAUAGAGGGUGUGGAUUUGCCAGGAUGCCUUCUCCCAACUCCUCAUUCACCAAAAAGGCCUAAUUCAUCUCCUUCAGCAUCGCCACAGCCCCCAUCCAAAUCCCCAGGGGGCAAAAUCAAGGGACCCGUAAACUCCGACCUUCUCUCGUCUGAAGAUGGUUGUCCUGAGGAAUCCCCAGUCCCCCGAAGCCUCCACGCUUCCUCCAGUAAUGGCAUUUUUUUGCCCUCACUGCAGGACCAGCCUCCCCUGGCCUCUCACACUCCUUCACCUUCUCUCUCCUUCUCCAUGUCUCUCUCCUCCUCACCAUCCCGUUCCCCCUGUCAAGGCCCCCACCCAUCCAGGCCUGGCAGCUGUGCCAGCAGAGGCCUGCUUCCCCCGCCUCCUUCCCAGGACACCCCUCCUCCCCCCUCCUCCCACUACUCAGCUCCCCCAUCGCUCACAUCCUCCCCUGGAGACCAUCGGCUGAGGCCCUCCCCCUCCGUCCCUCUCGUAUCCCCCACCGUCUUGGUCCAUCCCUCCACCCUCUCCCUGCCCUUGUCUCUGGACUUUGUUAGUGCAAGGGGAAGGCAGGGAGAUACCAAGACUCCAUCUUGGUUUAAGUCACAGGUACACCACGAGGAGGCCAGACCUGUCACUCAUCCCCAGGAGCUGGAGAUGCAGGAGUGGGGAUGGCAGGUGGAGGAGGGGAAGUCCUCCACAGAGCACAUCAGCUUCAUUGAUGAGGAGGAGCCAGCGUUAUGAACGGGUUAACACUGAGCAGAAGCAAGAGAUGACAAUAAAGUAGCAGAUAAUGAAAGAGAUGGAAAAAACAGUACAACAGAGUCCAGAUCAGGGAAAGUGACAUCAAGAUGACGGAAUGGGAAACAGGCGGCUGGUCCAUUUCACACAGGAAAUGCUCAAAGGACAGACAGGUACACAGAAACACACCUGGACGCUGAGACGCAAUGCCAGCUGUGAACACAUCAGUGUGAAGGAGAACUUUUCUACACUGAUGAACCACAGACUACAACAGCACAAAUUGUCUUACAGUAUCAACCCUCCAGUAGCUUCAGUCAAUUCACGCAGCUUCUGGGACUCAUAGGACCAGAGCACACCUUUUAAACCAGGUCCCACUGAACCUGAGGAGCCUAAUAUAGCUCUUUUCCAGCUGACUGAACGUACACUGCUACGUAUAUUGCUUUUUAAACCCAGUAUGGAUGUCUCCUCCUCUUCAAAGAGCAGGUACAAACACACAUAUCUCAGUGGGAGACAUGUCUUUACCCAAGCCAGAUAAUCCCACGCCACUGCACUGGGACUGGGAAUGUAAGGUCUUCAUUCAGUCUCAGUCUCGUUACAUCAGGUCCUCUCACCUGUUGAGCCAGUCUGCUUCAUCUACAAGAUCAUUUUUAAAGGGAUGUGUUAUCUGCCUGUGGGCUGGUGACAUCAAAUCAUCACGUGCCCACCAUUCCAGGAAAAACUAAGAUUUUUUUUAAUUUGGUUUUAACUCUUGACAGAAAUGUCCACAUUUUCUUUCCCCAUAAAAGAAGUUUGAAGUUCGCAGUCUCAGCAGUCGGGUUGUGUGCCAAAGACAAAAGCAAGAUUUAUGGAGUAAGUGGUGGGGAGGGGGGCAGGGGGACAUCAUAAACAGCACCAAUAUAUCACUGUUCAUCACCUUCAUGACUGUUUACAACCAGCCUACCAGAUUGUAUAGCAGACUCCCACAUCACUCCUGAGCUUUAGCCAUCCAGCCAUUCGUGCCUUCUCCAUGUAAAGACAUAAACCUCCCUUAAGUUCUUCACCUGUUAAUUACAGGCAAGCAUUUGGAUCAAAAUUUACAUCGAAAGCCAUCAGUGUCACCUACACAGAACACUCGCACCUUUUAUCUAAAAUGGAACCUAAUUUAUUUAUUUAUUCAGGCAUGUAUUUAUUUAUUUUUGUUGAUGAAAGCGAUGAAGAAUAUAUUGCACGUCUGGGAGAUUUAACAGAAACAGGCUGAGGAGGAAGGUUUACUAUUUAAAGUGUAACCUUCGUAAUUCUUAUGUAGCACACUCAUAAAGCAUAUCUUGAACACAAGCAUAAUUAUCAUCAUCUACAACCCCUUUGCCAACCACUGAGCUACUCUGGUACAAGACUAACUAACCGUGAAAGUACAAUACCCAGGCUGCAUCACUCUGGAGGUCUCAGGACUCCUGGACAUUUUUUUUCUCUUUGCUUUGGUGACGUGCUUUGUGCGCCACAUAACUUGUAAUAUAGAUUUCUGUCAGAUUUCUGGUUUCUAUUUUCUGUAACAGGAGCAGGGGGAGGGACGACCUGGACUGUUUACACGCUGAAAUACAAUUUACUGAGCAGAACUCCCAUCGAUGUCCGUGGAGCUCUGAUUCCAUGGGUUACUCUGGGGUUUGGGGUUUGGGGUUGGGGGUGGGGGGUGGGGUAUUGGGUACGUUAAAGGGUUUUAAAUCAAAUGCAUGCCACAGCUUUUUUUGCAUGAGGAAUGUGCCUGCUUUUGAGCUGUCGAGGGCCGAGGGCUGACGGGAGUUGACAAACUGCCUGCCCUGCUGGAGGCUGUUGGGUUUCAGAUGUAUUUUAUUAAAGACUGCUGUUACAUAAAAACUUUACCAGGAUUACAUACUGUACAACAAUAAAGAAGUGUUGUUUUGUAAGA